AUGGACAAUCAUAAAUCAACUAUCAAAUUAAAAACAUUAAAAUCAAAUUUAAUUAAUUUACCAUCUCAUUUAUCAAAUUUAUUAUUUACUGCCAAUAUUCAAAUACAAGAUGUAAUCAUUGAAUUAGUAUCUACUAGUACUAGAGCUAAGUCAAAACAAAGCUAUUACGCUGGUUGGUCAGGUAUGUCAUCCUCAGAUCCUUCAUCCAUAGAAAUAGAUCCAAUCUUUGCUACUUCCUUAGGUCUUGUUGAAAAUGAUUCAAUUAUUAUCAAUCUCAAAAUUAAUAACCAUGAAGCGACAAAUAUUAAUUUAGAACCAGUUUCAAGUUCAGAUUGGGAAGUUGUUGAAUUACAUGCUCAACAUAUUGAAGAUAAAUUAUUAUCUCAAACUAGAUGUGUUGCUAUUGGUCAAAUAUUGAUUGUUUAUCCUAAUCAAUCUACUCAUGCUAAAUUAAUUGUGACUGAUAUUGGGAGUGAUGACAAGAAAUAUGCUAAGAUUAGUCCAUAUGCUGAAAUUGCCAUUGCUCCGAAAGUUAGACAAGAAAAGAAAAGUACUACUGCUGGGGGGCCACCUUCAAGUAAAGGUUCAGUUAGCAACAAGACUAAAACUACCAAGGAAGACUAUGGUGAUUUACCUUCGGUUUUGAAAAGAGGUAUUUCUUUACCUCAUAAGUUAUAUGAUAAUAUUAAAUUGAAUGAAGGAUAUAUAGUAUAUGCAAAUUUCAAUGAAUUACCUCAAGAUGUGAUUUCUGAUUAUGUUGCAGUAUCGGUGAUCCCUGGUCCAAAUGAUAAACCAAAUGGAAGUGGUAACAACAUCGACGAAGCUAAUACCGAUUUAAAAGAGAAUAAACGUAUAAUUGCCAAAUUACUUGAUUUUAAGGAUGGUAUUGCUGAUAAUAUUGGUGUUUCACAAUCUUUGGCUAUUGCUCUUCAUAUUGAAAAUCAAGUUGGGAAUAUUAUUGUCUUAAAACCAGCAAUUAAAAAUUUACCUAGAAGACCAACUACUUUCACCAUUCAUCCAUAUAUUACUCAAUCCAAGAGAAAAGAUCAACAAAUUAAUCUUAAUAAUAAACAACAAUCGGCGGAUAAUAAUAAAUUGAUUCAACAAAUUACUGAAAAAUUAUAUCCUGGGAUUUCAAAAUCUUGUAUGACUAAUUAUACCAAAAUCCCAAUAAUUCCAAAUAUAUUACCAAAUGGUGGUUUAUUAAAGUUUCGUAAGAAUGAUGAUCCAAAUUCUUGGAUAAAACCAUAUUCUUUAGAUUCAAAGAAACCAAUCAGGAUUGAAAUUGGCGAAGAAUUAUUACGUGCCCAGUCUUUUAUUCAAACUAGACCAGAUAAUACUCAAGAAGAUGAAGCUAUUGGAUUGGAUGCUAUGAUUGAAGAUAUUGUGGAAUCAUUUGUUGAUUCUCCAAAUACAGGUAGUUUAAUCUAUGGGAAUUCCGGAAGUGGGAAAACUCUUUUACUUCAAUUGGUAAGUAAACAAUUGGUCUCAUUAGGAAUAUUCACCAAAUUCAUCAGUUGUGAAAGUAUCAUGAAUGAAAAUUAUAAUUCAUUAGUUAAUAAAUUUCAAAAAUGGAUUCAAACUAGUAAUUGGCAUAAACCAGCUGUCAUAGUUUUGGAUAAUUUAGAUAAAAUCCUUCCAUGUGAAUUAGAUAAUGUCGACAAUUCAAAAUCAAAUCAAUUAACCGAAUUCUUAAUCAGUUCCCUUGCCAAGAUUCAUAAUCAACAAAAUUCAAAUCUUUCAAUCUUAAUCUCAGCUACUUCAAAAGAAUCCCUAAACAAACUAUUAAGUGGAUCUCAUGUCUUAGAAAACUACAUCCACUUAUCCCCACCCAACAAACCCAUGCGUCAUGAUAUCCUCACCAACUACAUCACCGCCAGAUGUCCCCAUCUAGACAUCGACAUCAUGGACUUAGUCGCCGAAACAGAAGGAUAUCUCCCCAACGACCUCAAAACCCUCUCGGAUAGAAUCUACCAUGAAUACCUCUUUUCCCAACCCGCCCCGGCCAUCACCCAAUCCCACAUCGACAAAGCCCUCGCCGGCUACACCCCCGCCAAUCUCCGCGGAGUCAAUCUCCAAAAAUCAUCCACUACUACAUCCUGGUCCGACAUCGGGGGACUCAGCGACGCCAAAACCCUUCUCCUCGAAACACUUGAAUGGCCAACCAAAUAUGCCCCCAUUUUCAAAUCCUGUCCCCUCCGUCUCCGGUCCGGAAUCUUAUUAUACGGAUAUCCAGGCUGUGGGAAAACCUUACUCGCUCUGGCCGUAGCAUCUCAAUGUGGACUCAACUUCAUCGCGGUGAAAGGUCCCGAGAUCCUAAACAAAUACAUCGGGGCGUCCGAAGCCAGUGUUCGUGAAUUAUUCGAACGUGCCCAAGCCGCGAGACCAUGUGUGUUAUUCUUGGAUGAAUUCGAUAGUAUUGCGCCCAAGAGAGGCCAUGAUUCUACGGGGGUGACUGAUCGAGUUGUGAAUCAGAUGUUGACCCAAAUGGAUGGUGCAGAAGGGUUGGGCGAGGGUGUGUAUGUAUUAGCGGCGACCCUGAGGCCGGAUUUGAUUGAUUCGGCAUUAUUGAGACCAGGGAGGUUGGAUAAAGCCGUGAUAUGUGAUAUGCCGACCUAUGAAGAUCGGAUGGAUAUUUUGAAGUGUGUGACGAGAAAGAUGGAAUUGGGGCCCGGGGUGGAUUUGGAAGAGGUGGCGAAAGGGUGUGGGGGUUUUAGUGGGGCGGAUAUUCAAGGAUUGUGUUAUAAUGCGUAUUUAAAGGCUGUGCAUUUGACUUUGGAUGAGAUGGAGAAGAAGGAACAGAGUGAAGGAAGUGUGAAGGUGGGGAAUAAUAAGAGUAUUGAAUUUUUCCAAGUGGAUGGUGGUAGUGAUGGGAAGAAGAAGAAAUUGAGAUCAAGUGAGAGGGUGAAGUUGUUGCAUCAGAUUGAACAAUUUAUGAAUAAUGAAGAUGAUGAAGAAGGUGAUAAGCAACAAGAGAGUGAUGAAAAAGAUAAGGAUGAGAAUAAGGUUAUUAUUACUCAUCAGAAUUUCUUGGAUUCAUUAAAGGAAACAAAACCUUCAAUUUCAUUUUCGGAAAAGACAAAACUUUCAAAGAUUUAUCAUCAAUUUUUAAGUGGACGUGAUGGUAAUAUGCCAGAUGGUAGUGCCAGUAAUGAAAUUGGUGGAAGAACUACAUUGAUGUGA